CUGUAAGUCUUGCUCAACAAAACCAAAAACUACAUCGAUUUCCAUUUUUAAUAUAUCUUCAAUCUCGAAUAUGAAGGGAGGAACUAAAAGACUUUCUUUGUUGUUUUUAGUUUGCUUUCACAUUGCCAUAUCAAGUGUAACUGCGAGAAGUUUGGAGACUACGAAGAAUGAAGAUGAGAAGUUUCUCUUUAGUAAGGGUGGUGGAUUCGGAACGGGUGGAGGGUUUGGUGGUGGAGGGGGAGGAGGCGGAGGAGGAGGUGGAGGUGGUGGUGGAGGUGGUGGAUUCGGAGGAGGUGGGGGAUAUGGUGGUGGUGCUGGGGGAGGGUUUGGCGGAGGUACUGGUGGUGGUGGAGGAUUAGGAGGUGGUGGCGGCGGAGGUUUAGGUGGUGGACAUGGGAUUGGCGGUGGCAUUGGAGGUGGCCACGGAAUUGGUGGUGGCAUCGGAGGUGGCCACGGAAUUGGUAGCGGUAUUGGUGGCGGAAUCGGUGGUGGCCACGGAAUUGGUGGCGGAAUCGGAGGUGGCCACGGAAUCGGCGGCGGUAUUGGAGGUGGCCAUGGAAUCGGCGGCGGCAUUGGAGGUGGCCAUGGAAUAGGUGGUGGCAUUGGAGGCGGUCAUGGAAUUGGCGGUGGCAUUGGUGGUGGCCACGGAAUUGGCGGUGGAUAUGGUGGUGGAAUCGGUAAAGGUGGGGGGCUAGGAGGUGGAAUUGGGAAAGGUGGUGGUUUUGGUGGUGGAAUUGGCAAAGGAGGAGGUAUUGGUGGUGGAAUUGGGAAAGGUGGGGGAUUUGGUGGUGGUAUCGGUAAAGGAGGAGGUAUCGGUGGUGGAAUUGGGAAAGGUGGAGGAUUCGGUGGUGGUAUCGGCAAAGGUGGAGGGCUUGGAGGAGGAAUUGGCAAAGGUGGAGGUCUAGGUGGUGGAGGUGGUUUUGGAAAGGGCGGUGGAAUCGGAGGUGGCAUCGGAAAGGGUGGAGGCUUUGGUGGCGGAAUCGGCAAGGGUGGUGGCUUAGGUGGCGGCAUUGGAAAAGGUGGAGGAAUCGGCGGUGGCUUUGGAAAGGGUGGCGGUAUUGGCGGUGGCAUCGGAAAAGGUGGAGGUUUUGGCGGAGGAAUUGGAAAAGGUGGUGGUUUUGGAGGGGGAAUUGGUAAAGGUGGUGGAUUUGGAGGUGGUGCUGGAGGAGGGUUCGGAAAGGGUGGUGGCAUAGGAGGGGGAUUCGGAAAGGGUGGUGGCAUAGGAGGGGGAUUCGGGAAAGGUGGUGGGUUCGGAGGAGGAUUCGGGAAAGGCGGUGGAUUCGGAGGUGGUGGGUUUGGUGGCGGUGGCGGUGGAGGAGGUGGGUUUGGUGGUGGUGGCGGUGGAGGUGGAGGUGGUGGGAUUGGUGGAGGAUUCGGAGGAGGACACCACUAAGGUCCAGGCCGAGUUCGUUGUCUUAUUACAUUGUUUCUAGUUGUUACACGAGAAAAAAAAAAAGUAAGCCGCCGUGCAUGAGAUAUAUAAAUCCAUGCAUGAGAGCUGAAUUGGUAUUGAUACCAAGAGUCCAACAUAUAAAUAUGCAUUUUCGUAUUUUCUCAAUAUGUAUAAUCAUGGUUCGUUAAAUUAUUUGGAAUAAUUCAUUAUGUAUUUUCUAGAUAAACUUUUUUCAAAUUCCAUUAUAAUCAUAUUUAGUAGGAAGUAGCUACUACAAUUGUACUACUCAUCAAGUGCUCGUAAUAAUUGUAUUACAAUCAGUGAAUCAUUUGUCAUUUUUAUAUUUAAGCUGUUGGCUCCAAGCAUUUGAAAUUUUAAAUGCUUGUUUUCUAA